AUGUCCCUCCUGCAGUGUUCCCAGCAAUGUAAUCCGGUGGAUGCCUGCAUCUGUCAUCUGGGUUCUGUCCCCUGCGACGUCGGGACAUACGGGGAUGGAACGGCGGGAAAUUUAAAAAUGGCAAAAAUAUAACAUUACUGUAUCAACCCAUUUCACAUACAUUUUGUCCCUAGUGCUUUGUCCUGUGCCCUGCCUGCAUUUUUACUGUUCUUUCUGCCUGGAAACUGAGAAAUGUCCAUGGCGUCCAAAAAGCGUCCCUUUAGGUCAAAAGCGCUUUUAGACCAGCUAGAGAACAGCGAUAGAAAAUUAGAACAACUUGCAGAAUUGA